AUGUCUCAAGGAUCUAGUUCUGAGAAGAUAGAUCUACCCGAUAACGUCAAAGCUCUAUUUGUGGACGAUGUAGAAUCCACACCAUGGGGACCUUUCAUUAAGGCCACUAUGGUAAAUGGUCGUUCAAUGGAAGAUCCAGAGGUUCAAGAGCUGCAUCAAAAAAAUGCAGACUCACUGGUUUUAGAGGCGUCACAAUGGGGGACCCUUCCACUAAGACCACUUCCAUCUGGAAAGUGGCCUGCUACCCACGCGGAGAGAAUCGAAUAUCUCAAAAGCAUUCGCAAACAUCCAAGAGUUCAACAAAACGUCGAGAAUAUUGAUGCUGCGAUCAAAUUGCAUGAGACAUUUCCUCAAACUGAACUAUAUUCAAGCAAACUUGUCUACUUUCAAGGGGGAAAAAGGGUUGAUGAGUGGGAUUCGAAUCAGCCUUCCUUCUGGGCCGAAGUAGUUACUUUAGUAGUUACCUACGGAGUACAUGUAUAUAUAGAUCUGGACAGGACAGGACAGGCAUACCACAUAUAUCAUGAAGUCAUGUAUGGAGUUUUCUUUACAGAGUAG